GAAGCCAUGGACUUGGAUAUGGAGCCAAAACCUCAACCUGAGUCUUCAUCCAAUCCAAACUCCUUCAAACGUUUCGGCCUCAAAACCUCCAUCCAAACCAACUUUGGAGACGAUUACGUCUUCCAAAUUGUCCCCAAGGAUGACUGGACAGCAAUGGCGGUGUCAUUGUCAACGAACGCAGUGAAGCUCUACUCACCGGUGACGGGUCAGUACUAUGGAGAGUGCAAAGGCCACUCUGCAACAAUCAAUCACAUCUCAUUUGCAGACUCAUCAUCCCCACAUGUUCUGCACUCUUGCUCUUCCGACGGAACCAUUAGGCUUUGGGACACCCGCACAUUCCAACAGGUGUCGUCUUUUCCUUCUGGUUCGGGUGCUGAGAUAUUCAGCUUUUCGUUUGGAGGAUCAUCUAAUAAUCUUCUAGCUGCAGGAUGUAAUUCUCAGAUACUAUUGUGGGAUUGGAGGAACGACAAACAAGUAGCCUGCUUAGAGGACUCUCAUGUGGAAGAUGUUACUCAGGUUCACUUCAUUCCUGACCAUCAAAGCAAGCUCCUUUCUGCUUCUGUAGAUGGAUUGAUAUGUAUAUUUGAUACAGAUGGAGAUAUCAACGAAGAUGAUCAUCUUGAGUCGGUCCUAAAUGUGGGCACCUCCAUCGGGAAGGUGGGGUUUUUUGGUGAGACAUAUCAAAAGCUUUGGUGUCUGACCCAUAUUGAAACCUUAAGUAUCUGGGACUGGAAGGAUGCAACUCAAACAAAUUUCCAGGACGCUCGUUCUUUGGCUUCUAAAAGUUGGAGUCUAGGUGAUGUUGAUUACUUUGUUGAUUGCCACUACUCAAGAGAAGCAGAACGCUUAUGGCUUAUUGGUGGUGCUAACACUGGUGCUUUAGGCUACUUCCCUGUAAGUUAUUCAGGAACGCAGGCCAUAGGUACCGCUGAAGCAAUUUUUGAAGGUGGCCAUACGGGUGUUGUUCGAAGUGUGUUGCCUAUGUCAAACAUGCCAGGUCCCCAAGGCCAGAGUUUUUUUGGAUGGACUGGUGGUGAAGAUGGCCGUUUAUGUUGCUGGCUAUCAGAUGGUUCUGUGGACACCAUAAACCGAUCAUGGAUUUCAAGCGAACUCGUUUUGAGAUCACCAAAGAUCCGCAAGUCAAAAAGGCAUAGCCCUUACUAGCAGAGCAGGCUAUACUGCUACAGAGAAGAUAUCUCGACUACAAGUUUCUUGGCAUCACCUUGUAAUAUUAAUCUCUGUAUGGGAGUUGAUUCCCAGUGAAUGGGAAUUUUUGUUUGAUCUAUCCUCCAUAAUUUUUGUUUUGUUA